CACCAAAUUGACUGGCCGUUGAUCGAAAAUCAAAGGUCCGGAACGAGGUUGAGUUAGCUUCAAGUUCGGCCAACCGACUGAGUUGACUCAAACGAGCCGGACCACACUAACUCUUUGGAUCCGAAAUCCAGAAUCCCCCAGAAAACCAUCGCCGUCGUGUUUCUUUCUUAGGCGGCAAGUUAUUAUUAUUAGAAAACUGCUUGGAGGGAAAGAAAAAAAGACAGAAAGAAAAUUUCAUCUCUCUGUUUUUGCAAGUCUGUGGGUUUCUAUAUUUCUUCCAUUGUUACUUGCUUUCUCUGCAACCAAACGUAGCAUUCUAGUUUCUUUGAAAGAAACAGAAUAAGAAGCUGGUGUUUUGAUUCUCCACGAUCCGAAUAUUGGAGAUAAUUGGUAUUGGAAUUCAGAGCUCUGCCAUUUUGCAAUGGUGUCAUGUGUAAGAAAAGACAGCAACUUUUAAAGAGGAUGACAUGACCAUGAAAGAGCUCAAGUACGACAGACGUUUAACUUAUGUUGGAAAAUCUAAAUUGUAUAAAUGAGUCUCCUUUAGUUCUAGGUGUUACUGUGGCAACUGCUGCCUUGGGAGGUAGAUAUAUGAUUAGAGCGUGGCAAGCAUUCAAAGCUCGCCCUUCAGUUCCUCAUAUUCGAAGAUUUUAUGAGGGUGGUUUUCAGCAUUCCAUGACGAGGCGUGAGGCAGCAUUAAUUCUCGGUGUCAGAGAACAUGCUGUGGUGGAGAAGAUCAAGGAGGCUCACAGGAGAGUGAUGGUGGCAAACCACCCUGAUAGCGGUGGAAGCCAUUAUCUGGCUUCCAAGAUAAAUGAAGCCAAGGAUGUCUUAAUGGGGAGAGCUAAGGGAACUGGUUCUGCAUUCUAAGCUAUACAUCUGAUACAACCAAAAGAACUAUGGUCUCCAAAACUAUUUGUUAUACCAAGCGAUCUAUAUUCUUUACAAUAAAGCUGAUUUGGAUAUUUUUUAUCACUAUAUGAGUACCGAUGAAAGGUAUAUUAUGAGCAUUCAAUGCCAUUACAUGAUAGGGAGUAAUGCCUUGGGUGUUUUGAAUU